ACCUUUGUAUUUUCAUUCUCUUAGAAACCACCUGGGAAUCACAAAAAAAAAACAUGUCUCUCAAUUCGAUUCGGUGGCGUCAUCAUCUCAACGUGAUUCUUCUGCUCAGUGCUCUGUUACUUCAUUGUGCUCUCUCCUCUGCAAAUGAUGAAGUGGGCACCACUGGUGACUUCUUCACUGUUUCCAGCUUCAGCUACCCUCAGACUACUCUUAGACCCUUUGAUUUCCGCUAUAUCAGAGUUGAUAUACCACCGUGGUUCUCUGCAGUAACCAUAGCAUUGAAGUCAGAUGUAGACCUAGAUGUUACAAGAAUUGAAAGGGUUCCAAAAAGCACCCUACCAAUUAUAUGCUUUAGAGAUGGAAGUCCUCCGCUACCAGAUGUUUUAAACACAUCUCUAAAAGAUUCAGCUGUCUCAGGAAUAAAUGGUCUUGAUGUGGAGCAAUGCUUUCCUAUGGAGAAAAAUAUCAGUAUGAAAUUGACGAAUGAGCAGAUAUCUCCAGGUUCUUGGUACAUAGGUCUUUUCAAUGGCAUUGGAGCUACAAGGACACAAUCAAAGAUGAUUACCCGAGGCCCAGCAUACUCCUUUAGUGCCAAUAUUAGCGUGGCAGCAUGCACAAAUUCAAUGAUGAGUGGGAAGUUCUGUAACAGUACAGUCUAUCCACUUUCGUGCACAACAUCUGAUGUCUAUGAUACAUUGAAGGCUACAAUAAAGAAGCCAAUCAUGGAAAAUGCAACGACCUGCAAAAGUAAAAUUGAAACUUUUUGUGUUCAGGAAGGUCUACCAAACUUUUACUCCUUGGAUAUAUCAAAUGUGGUAGAAGAAGUGACCAUUAUGGUAGCAAAUGUCAGAUUAAAUAUUACAUCUUCAAGUAAUGCUUCUGGUGCAAGUGAUGUUAAUUUAUUGGGUUUUGCGCGCCAUGGUGCAAUACCUGCAGAUUCUGUGUUUGAUUAUUCCAGUAAUUUAAAUAAAGCCCCGAUGGUUAUUCGCUCUCCACGGAUUGGUCGUUUGUACAUUAGUAUAUUACCAGUUAAUCUUACAAAAAAAUUUGGAGGGACGCAGGAUGGCAAUGUAAAAGUUUGCUAUUCGAUGGAAUCACAAGUGCUACAGUGCCCACUUGGGAAAGCUGGACCAAAUUGCACAAUGGGUAGCUACAAUCUUCAGACAGUUCUAAGGAAAGGUCCAACCCCCUUUGAAUCAUAUUAUUUACCUGUCGGUGAAGGAGCAUCUUCUGCCAACUUUCCUCUUGAGCCACUUUCUAACAGCUCAUCAAACAGAGGAGAAACUAAUGACAUUUGGACUUACUUCACUUUCGACAUUCCUCGUGGGGCAGCUGGACGAAAUAUUCAUGUACGGCUAUCCUCAGAUGUGAAGAUCAGUUAUGAAGUUUAUGCUAGAUUUGGCGGAUUGCCUUCUCUUGAUAGCUGGGACUACUAUUAUGCUAACGAGACAAAGAAGAGUGAUCAAUCCAUGUUCUUCAUGGAAUACGAUUCAAGUGAUGACAAUAUUGAUUUUUACAUUAUUUAUGCUAGAGAAGGAACUUGGGGUUUUGGUCUAAGACAUCUUAAUACUAGCAGUGAUUCUUUGAAACAGCAAACUAUCAUGUCUUUGGCACUUGAAGGGUGCCCAAAACAUUGCUCCUUUCAUGGGGACUGUAAAUAUUCUUUUGAUGCGAGUGGAUUGACAUCAUACAGCUUCUGCUCUUGUGAUCGAAACCAUGGUGGCUUUGACUGUAGCGUGGAAAUUGUAUCACAUAAAGGGCAUGUCCUGCAAUCAAUUUUUCUCAUCGCAUCAAAUGCUGCAGCCAUAUUUCCUGCCUAUUGGGCCCUUCGCCAGAAGGCCCUUGCAGAAUGGAUUUUGUUCACGUCAAGUGGAAUUUCAAGUGGACUAUAUCAUGCAUGUGAUGUAGGCACCUGGUGUGCAUUAAACUACAAUGUUCUACAGUUCAUGGACUUCUGGCUCUCUUUCAUGGCUGUUGUUAGCACUUUUGUGUACCUAGCUACUAUUGGUGAAGUCUAUAAGAGGGCAAUCCACACUGCUGUUGCUAUACUUACUGCUCUUAUGGCUGCAACUAAGGCAACCAGGUCUUCAAAUAUUGUUCUUGUGAUUGUGAUUGGGGCUCUUGGUCUUCUUAUUGGAUGGUUGGCAGAAAUUUCAACAAAGUAUAGGUCCCUUUCCUUUUCACUUGGAUUCUCACCAAAUUUCUUUCUAAGUUUGCAAACUAUAAAGCAAUGGCUGUAUAAUCUUGUAAAGACAAUCUUGAGACGGUUCCGCUGGGCCUUUUUAUUGGCCGGUUUUGUUGCAUUGGCCAUGGCAGGAAUAAGCUGGACACUUGAAACCAGUUCAAACUACUGGUUUUGGCAUAGCUUUUGGCAUGUUACAAUAUACACAUCUUCUUUCUUCUUCCUUUGUUCAAAAGUAAAUAUUGUCGAUGAUGCUGAGAAUCAGCUACCGGCAAAUGAAAAUUAUGAACUUACUCGUCAGGAUUCAUUUCCAAGAGAUAGUUAGAAAAGCAUAUAUGGAAUUGGAAGGGUGCAAAAAGGAAUGUGAGGUAGAUUUGUUUUGCAUUUUAAUUUUGCUUUAAGGUUAUACAAGAAUGUUAGGCUGUCAUGUAGUAUAUAUGGUUGCUGACCAGAUAUGUAAACAAUGAGUAAAGAAGUCUCUUGUAAAUUCUUUGCUUCACAAGGCUUGCUUCUUUCUUUUAGUCAUAUAUACAUUUUUUUAUAUACAUA